UAUUAUUUGUUUCGAAUUAAUUUUAUCGCUCAGACACUGAUUCAAACAUCAAUAUUAUUAAAUUUGAAUUUUUUUUUGUAAUUGUUGUCGAACUUGUUUUAUCGGUUGAGAAAGUACAGACGCUUGUGGGAUUUAACCGCAUCCCAUGGAACACCAAUGGAUGUGCCUGUGCUGAUUGCUGAUUUUGGCGGCCUAUCCCGGAAACAGCAUCGUCCAGAUCCAUCCACCGACGUCCACGGCCUCGGGCUUUGUGAUCCUGCCUAAAAUUGUGGGCGGCUACACGGUGACCAUUGACCAGGUGCCCUUCCAGGUGUCCGUGCGUAGGCGAAAAAUCCACGAGCAGCACUACGGAAUGGGCCAUGUGUGCGGCGGAGCGAUUAUCUCCCAGCGGGUUGUCUGCUCGGCGGCCCACUGCUACGCCAUAAACAAUUCCGUACCACUGCAGUAUCGGGAUCCGGAACUAUAUGUCGUCGUGGCCGGCAGCAGUACCAUCGAUCGGACGGACCGCUUUACGCAGGAGUAUCUCGUGCAGCGGAUCAUCGGACACGAGCGGUACAACAGGAGCACGCUGGAGAACGACAUCGCCCUGCUCUUCCUCAACGGAUUCAUACCGUGGCAAACGCAAGUGGCGCGGGCGAUACCGUUGACCAUCGAAGCUCCCCAAGAGGGCACCACCUGUCUCAUUCACGGCUGGGGCAAGGUCACGCCGAAGGACAAAUCGGGUUCGCUGCAGCAGGCCCCUGUACCGAUACUGAACAAGGAGCUCUGCCAGGUGAUCUACAAGCUGCCCGCCUCCCAGAUGUGCGCCGGAUUCCUGCAGGGCGGUAUAGAUGCCUGCCAGGGUGACUCCGGCGGACCGCUGAUCUGCGACGGACAACUGGCCGGGAUAAUAUCGUGGGGCGUGGGCUGUGCGGAUCCCGGCUAUCCGGGUGUUUAUACGAAUGUCUCGCACUUUAUUGACUGGAUCCGGGCGGCCAACACUUCAUUGGAUUACGCCGAGUACCGCCAAAUGACGCCGGAGAAUCUUGCUAGCCGUCGAUCGAUAUCGUUUCAGUUCUUGGAUAUUGGCCUUCUGGGGCUUAUCAUCACACUUCUUUGACGAUCGGACAGCGCAAUAAAUCGCUUUCUCUUGUCUGUUCUACAACUGAUUUAUCUAAUCGUGCCGAGAAGGCACCCACUUGUAGAUUGUCCAAUAGUUGACGGUGAUCGACGGCAUUGAUGACAUCAGAGGAGGAGGGGCCCACUGAGGGUAACAAGGAGUCUCUUGGUACAGGAAAUAUUCUAAAAAUUUUAAGAGGAAUAACA